CUGGGCUUGCUGGUCUCCAGUUGUCUCCAGCAAUGCAGGGGCUGUGCAGCUCUUGGGCUACAGCUCCUGGGGUUGGCUUGGCCGGCCACUACUAGCACGCGCUCGCUUGUUGCCUGUGUCGCCUGCUGGGGUCGAGCUGCCGCGCCCUCCGCUGCGAGACGCACGUCGCGGUCCUCGAGAGCGAGCCCGGCACUUGCAACUUCUGCCUGGCGAGCCCAACUUCUGCGCGGGAUUCGGACUUGCAGAUCCCGAGCGGCGCACCGCGCUCAGUUGGGGCGGUGUCCCUACUGUCUCAGCCUCAACGAGAUGACCUCCCCACUGUGGUUCUGGUGCUUCUGCGUCUGGGCCGCCGAUCACUGGCCGCCAGGAAGCGCCCUGCAGCUCCAGCCCGGCAUGCCAAAUGUCUGCAAGGAGGAGCAGCUGGUGGUGGUAAGACUGUCACGCCCAUGCACCCGAGCUUUCAUUGACACCGUCAAGUUCUGGAAACAAGGCUGCACAGGCCCACGGUGGUGUGUGGCUUAUGAAAGAAGGACCCGCUACUACACCGUCUACAGGCAGGUGUAUACCACAGAACACCAGACAGUCUUCAGAUGCUGCCCCGGUUGGAGUCGAUGGGAUGACGAGCCAGGCUGCCUCUCCUCUGUGGCUUCUCUGGGAACCCAUUUUAGUGGAAGGCAGUGCUUGGACGGGGAUGAUCAACAGUGCCUCUGCUCACAAGGGUUUCAGGGACCCCACUGUCAAUACGAUAUAAACGAAUGUGCUGUUGACAAUGGUGGCUGUCAAGACCAAUGCUGCAAUACGAUUGGCAGUUAUUACUGCAGAUGUCAAGCUGGCCAAAAGCUGGAGGAAGAUGGCAGAGGAUGUGAAGACAUCGAUGAGUGUGCGGUGGUGAACGGAGGCUGCCAGCAGCGCUGUAUUAACACUCUGGGCACCUUCCACUGCGUGUGUGAUACAGGGUACAGACGCCAUGCUGACGAACGCACCUGCAUAAAGACAGACCCCUGUGCAGGAAGGAAUGAAUGUGCUCACCUAUGCCAAAGCGAGGACGGUGUGGCCAGGUGUGCCUGCCAUGCUGGGUACCAGCUGUCUGCAGACAAAAAGGCCUGUGAAGACAUAGACGAGUGUUCUGAAGAGCUUGCUCCCUGUGCUCAUCGCUGUGUGAACUCAGAGGGGUCCUUCACGUGUGCCUGCCACCCCGGCUUUGAGCUAGGAGCUGACGGGAAACAUUGUUACCGAAUUGAACUAGAGAUUGUAAAUAGCUGUGAGAAGAACAAUGGGGGCUGCUCUCACCACUGCGAACCUGCGAUUGGUGGACCCCAUUGCUCCUGUAACCAUGGACAUCGACUCGACGCAGAUGAGAAAACAUGCAUAGACGUUGAUGAAUGUGAAGGUGGAGACUCCUGCUGUGCCCAGCUCUGCAUCAACUAUUCAGGAGGCUACGAAUGCGGCUGUCAGGAAGGCUUUCGGAUCAGUUCGGAUGGCUGUGGAUGUGAUGAUGUAGACGAGUGCCUGGAUGUCAGUGUGGACUGUGACCAGCUGUGCAUCAACUCCGUGGGGACAUAUGACUGCGCCUGUGAAGACGGAUACAGAAUCGGAAGUGAUGGAAGGACCUGUCUCUAUGAUGAGCAAUUAGAGGAGGAAGAAGAGGUACUAGACAUCCUGAGGUUUCCAGGACUUCUGGUUGAAAACUCACCUCGGCCAUUCCCUUACCUCGCUCCUUCUCUGGCUGCUUCGUACGAAGAUGAAGAUGAUGAAGAAGAUCAGGAAGCAGAAGAAGAGUUCCAGGGUCUGACAGCCUUGCACAGAGUGGUCUGUUUAGAUGGCACCUUUGGCCUGGACUGCAGCUUGAGCUGUGACGACUGCCUGAAUGGAGGUAAAUGCCAACAAGGAAAGACUGGGUGCUUCUGCCCCGAAGGCUGGACUGGCAUUCUUUGCAAUGAAAGCAACACCCUAACAACUAGUGUGAACCAGUCAGUUCCUUUAGGAUGCCCAAAGGGGUUCUUUGGGAAGAACUGCAAAAGAAAAUGUCACUGUGCCAACAACGGCCAUUGCCACAGGGUGUAUGGUGCCUGCGUAUGUGACCUAGGGCGCUAUGGAAGAUUCUGUCAUCUCAUCUGCCCACCAGGCACGUACGGGGAAGACUGUAACCAGGUAUGCCAGUGUUCAGCAAGGAACGGAGACUGUCAUCCAGUCACUGGGAGAUGCACUUGUCGGCCUGGCUACCAUGGAAACCACUGUCAGUUCCGGUGCCCAGAAGACACUUAUGGUCCAAACUGCCAAGAGACGUGUAAGUGCCAGAAUGGGGGUCAAUGUGAAAGCACACUCGGCUCCUGUACCUGUCCUCCUGGCUUCGUUGGAGCAGACUGCAGUCAAACUUGUCCUGAAGGUCAUUAUGGACAGGAUUGUGUCCAACGGUGUUUCUGUGGCUCAGGAAAGUGUGACCCAGUGACAGGAAGGUGUCAUUGUCCACCCGGCCUGAUGGGAUCCAGGUGUCGGCAAAGUAAGAAAGGCUGCUGAAUUGCCAUUUUUACUAUGUUGAUCCUCCCAAUCCAAGAGCAAGGGAGAUCCUUCCAUUUUCUGGUAUCCUCUUCAAUUUCUUUCUUCAAUGCUUUAAAGUUCUUGUCAAAUAGAUCUUUCACUUCCUUGGUUAGAGUUACCCCAAGAUAUUUUAUGCUGUUUGUAGCUAUUGUGAAAGGUGAAGCUUCUCUGAUUUCCCUCUCUGCUUCCAUAUCCUUUGUGUAUAAGAGGGCGACUGAUUUUUUGGAGUUGAUCUUGUAUCCUGCCACAUUACUAAAGGUGUUUAACAGCUGUAAAAGUUCUUUGGUGGAGUUUUGGGGGUCACUUAUGUACACUAUCAUAUCAUCUGCAAAUAACGAAAGUUUAAC